UGGUGAUUUACUGACCAACAUUUCUUGGGUUUGGUGGAGUUGGAAGCCAAAUGAAAGUAACAGGAGUGAGUGGGAGGUGAGGCCCCAGCCACAGCCCGUGCAAAUAACCCGUUUCCAAAGUGGCCUUGGAGGGGAAGCAAAAGAUAGGACUGUCCUGGAGGUGGAGUCAAAGAAGUUUCCUUUCUUUUUGAAAGCAAGAAACCAGAAUGCGUUUAGUGCUUAAGGGAAGGAACCAGCCACAGGAGAGGGAAGAAAAAGUAGAAUGCGUAAUGACCCCCUCUCCAGGGGACAGCGUGGAGCAAAGUUCCUGAGCCGCCAGAGCUGAGAAAUUACCUUUACACCUGAGCAGCAACCUGAAGACCUCCCGGGUGGAGAGGAAAGACCUAGGCGGCGCACCAUGGCCGUCAUGGCCCACCUGCUGGCCGCCGACGUGCAGCAGCUGCUCCACAACAAGUUCGUGGUCAUCCUGGGAGACUCUGUCCAAAGGGCCGUGUACAAGGACCUGGUGCUCCUGCUGCAGAAGGACCUCCUGCUCACUCCCACCCAGCUCAAGGCCAAGGGGGAGGAGAGCUUUGAACGGGACAAGCUGGUGGACGGAGGCCAGCGGGGCCCCAUGCACAACGGCACCCAGUACCGGGAGGUCCGCCAGUUCUGCUCCGACCACCACCUGGUGCGCUUCUACUUCCUGACGCGCGUGUACUCCAGCUACCUCGAGGCCAUCCUGCAAGAGCUGCAGUCCAGCCAGCACGGCCCCCCGGACGUGAUCAUCAUGAACUCCUGCCUCUGGGACCUCUCCAGGUACGGUCCGGACUCCUGGAAGAGCUACCUGGAGAACCUGGAGAGCCUGUUCGAGCGCCUGGGCCAGGUUCUGCCCGAGUCGUGCCUCCUGGUGUGGAACACAGCCAUGCCCGUGGGCAAGAAGAUCACCGCGGGCUUCCUCCCGCCGGAGCACCGGCCUGAGGAUUCCUCCCUGAGAGACAGAGUCAUCGCGGCCAACUUCCACAGCUCUGUGGAAGCGAAGAAACACGGCUUCGAUGUGCUGGACUUGCACUUCCACUUCCGCCACGCGGGGCGCCACCUGCAGCGGGACGGAGUGCACUGGGACGAGCUCGCGCACCGCCACCUCUCCCAGCUGCUGCUGGCCCACGUGGCCGACGCCUGGGGCGUGGAUCUGCCCCGGCGGUACCCGGUGGGCCCCUCGAUCCGGGAUGGCCCCGCGAGGACCGGACCCGGCCGGGGAGUUGAGCGGCAGCCCCAGGCCAGCCCAGAUCAACCGUCCAUGCCUCCUGCCGGGUACCGCCCCCUGCUCCCACUUCCCCAUCUACCCCCGCCCCCGCCUCCCCUCCUGCCCUUGCCCCCACAUCCUCGCCCUUUUCCCUUUCACCCUGUGAUGACCAGAUUCCAGUUCGGUCCCCGAGAUCACUUUUCUGCCUCAGACCAUCCUUUCCAGUCCGAUCCGUUCUCCUCAAACCAUUUCCAUUCAGAUGUCCCGUCACCUACCCAGACAGGAUUUUCCUUUGAAGAUGAUCCCCAGCCACCCAGGCCCCCUUUCCCCACACCCUACCUGCAGCGGGCCCCUGUGGUUCAUAGGGGGUUUCCCCGGCAUCUACCUCGUGGCCCCUAUGUGCCCUGGGGUCGCCGGCCCAGAUCUUCCAAGAGACAGGCCCCAUCCCACCCACAGCCAAGGCCUCAAUAAACUGACUUGGGGGCCUUACUCCUCAUGGUGGACAUGGACUGGGCAGAUCAUCUGACUCUCCUGAAACAGCCUGACCUUGUUAACAGAAGCCUUUGCUCCCUGCUUGGACUUCUUUUUGGUCAUUGCUGUUACUAAUAAUGGCCUAGAAGAGCCCUUCAACCAUUUUUGUUGGCUGUGGCCUUUUCCUCCAAUCGUUGGUGGUGACCAAGCAUUACUCCUGCCUCUCCACUCCCUGUCCUCUUUGUCUUUUUGUAAACCUAAAAUUGAAAUAAAGAAGUAGUUUCACAAAAGUA